GCUGACUGCUUCAACUGGCGUGUUUCAUGGCAGUCUCCUCGCAAGUCUUCAGUGUGAGAGCUAGCAGUGAGAUCAGUUCAACCCUCUGAAACUUGACAAACCUGAACAGAAACUUCAAACAAUACUUGGACUGGAAGAAGCAAGAGACGCCAAAAGAAGUUACAUCACUGUGAAGAUCUUUUGAUGUUGCAUAUUGUAUGGAAAAGUUAUCACCUCAACAGCACAUUAAGUGAAUUAAGCCAACUGCUUUUCAGCAAACUUAGCCGUGCUCAGAAAUGGCCACUGGGAAAAUAGAGAAUAGCAUCCAAACAUAAAUAGAGUUUGGAGAGAAGACAUGUUGGCACAGUGUGAUUUAGCUUGGCACAACACUCGCUGCUCUGAUUCUAGUGUACUUAAUUAUGGAAGUUGUUUGGAGGACUGUAACAUGGAUUUUAUGCCUCACGAUGGCUCCCUCAGCAUUCCACAGUCACACAAUUCACUCAAUGAAUUCACAAGAAGAAUUCCUGUCAACUCUUGAACACUAUGAAAUAGCAAUUCCUGUCCGAGUUGACCACAAUGGAGACUUCCUAAGCUAUAAUGUAAAAAGUAGCCAUGAACUGCGAUCAAAGAGAAGCUUACCUGCGUUUCAACAUGAGCCAGUUGAGCAGCAAGUUUAUUACAAAGUAUCUUCACAUGGAUUGCACUUCCUUUUAAACUUGACUUUACACAUUAAUCUGGUAUCAGAUUAUUUUACUGUAGAAUAUUGGAAAAGAGAUGGCUUGGAAUGGAGGCACGAUUAUAUGGAUGAAUGUCAUUAUUUGGGACAUUUAAGUGAUCUCCAGGGAGCCACAAAAGUUGCUUUAAGUAACUGUAAUGGAUUGCAUGGUGUAAUAGCUGAGGAUGAAGAAGAAUACUUCAUAGAGCCCCUCACCACUGUUAAAAUGGCUGAAUUCAAUUACAGUGAAGGAAGCCCCCAUGUAGUUUAUAAGCGAUCUUCUCUUCCAAACCAACAUCGGCACCUUGACGCAACAUGUGGAGUUUCAGAUGAGAAACCAGGGAAAGGAAGAUCUUCAUGGCUGAGGAAUUUCCAGACUUCAGCAGUGACUCUUGCGCCUAAUAAGACUCUGAGGAAUCAGCUACAAUUGAAAAGAUCAGUCAGUCAAGAACAUUAUGUAGAAACCUUAGUAGUAGCAGAUAAGAUGAUGGUUGGAUACCAUGGACGAAGAGACAUCGAGCAGUAUAUUCUCUCUGUCAUGAAUAUUGUUGCCAAACUUUUGCAAGACUCCAGUAUAGGAAACAUUGUGAAUGUGGUAGUAACUCGACUCAUCUUGCUUACCGAUGACCAGCCAAACUUGGAAAUAAAUCAUCAUGCUGGUAAAUCACUUGAUAGUUUUUGUAAGUGGCAGAAAUCUAUUCUUUCCCGCAAUGGUAAUGGAAAUGCAAUCCCUGACAAUGGAAUCGCUCACCAUGAUAAUGCUGUGCUUCUCACCAGGUAUGACAUUUGCAUCUACAAGAACAAACCCUGUGGAACUCUAGGUUUAGCUCCAGUGGGUGGCAUGUGUGAACCAGAAAGAAGCUGCAGUAUCAAUGAAGACAUAGGCCUGGCAACUGCAUUUACAAUCGCUCAUGAAAUUGGUCACAACUUUGGUAUGAAUCACGAUGGAGUUGGAAACUCCUGUGGUCCAAGAGGUCAGGAAACAGCAAAGCUGAUGGCUGCUCAUAUCACUGUGAAAACGAAUCCUUUCAUCUGGUCAACGUGCAGCAGGGAUUACAUCACCAGCUUUUUGGAUUCAGGACAUGGUAGAUGUCUCAUCAAUGCACCCCCAAAACAGGAGUUCUUUUAUCCAACUGUGGCCCCCGGUCAGGUGUAUGAUGCUGAUGAACAGUGCCGUUUCCAAUAUGGAGUCAAAUCACGCCAGUGUAAAUAUGGGGAGGUAUGCAGUGAGUUGUGGUGUCUUAGUAAAAGCAACCGUUGUAUUACAAACAGCAUUCCUGCUGCUGAGGGAACAGUAUGCCAAUCAAAUACCAUUGAAAAGGGGUGGUGCUAUAAAAGAGACUGUGUCCCAUUCGGCACUAGACCAGAGGGAGUGGAUGGGGCCUGGGGACCCUGGUCAUCAUGGGGAGAGUGCAGCAGGACAUGUGGAGGAGGAGUGUCAUACUCUGGCAGGCAAUGUGACAGUCCAAGACCAACUAUUGGUGGGCGAUACUGUCUUGGAGAGAGGAAGCGCUUUCGAUCAUGUAACAUUGAUGACUGUCCACCAGGGUCUCAGGACUUCAGGGAAAAGCAGUGUGCAGAAUUUAACAAAAUAGCAUUUCGUGGGAAGUAUUACGACUGGAAGCCAUAUAAUGGAGGUGGUGUGAAGCCCUGUGCUUUGAACUGUCUAGCCGUAGGCUUCAAUUUUUACACUGAACGUGCUUCAGCUGUGGUGGAUGGAACUUUGUGUCGUAUGGACUCACUUGACAUAUGUGUCAAUGGAGAAUGUAAGCAUGUGGGCUGCGAUCAUACCUUGGGUUCAGAUGUAAAGGAGGAUCGCUGUCGAGUCUGUGGCGGUGAUGGGAGCACUUGUGAAACCAUAGAAGGAAUUUUUAAUAGCUCCAGUCCUCAGGGGGGUUAUGUAGAAAUUAUCCAGAUUCCUAGAGGCUCAGUACACAUUGAAAUUAAAGAACUAAAUGUAUCCCAGAAUUACCUUGCACUGAAGUCUGAUGGUGAAGAAUACUUUAUUAAUGGUGGCUGGUCCAUAGAUACACCACAGCGGUUUGACAUUGCUGGAACUGCUUUCCACUAUAAGAGGCCCGAUGAUGAGCCAGAGUGUCUAGAAGCAUUGGGACCUACCAAUGCAAGUCUCUUUCUUAUGGUGCUGGUACAAGAGGAAAAUCAGAGUAUUCAUUACAAGUUUAAUGCACCCAUCACACACACAGUCAGUGGUGACACACAGGCAAGCUAUGAAUGGCAAUAUUUUCCAUGGUCCAAGUGCACUGCAAUAUGUGCAGGAGGUAUUCAGGCACAGGCUGUUGUGUGCAAGAAAUUGGAUGAUAAUUCUGUUGUUUCUGCCCAUUACUGUAACAGUGAAAACAAGCUUCCAGAAAAACAACGUGCUUGCAACACUGAGCCAUGUACAUCAGUCUGGAUUGUAGGUGACUGGACUGAGUGUAGUCGGACCUGUAAUGGUGGGCUUCGCACUCGGGAUGUCGUAUGUGUCCAAAAAGUCACUGCUUCUGAACAAAAAGUACUGGAUGAUAGUUACUGUAUCAGUGGACGCCCCUUGAUAAAGGAAAGCUGCAAUAACCACACCUGUCCACCUGAAUGGGUUCCUCUUGAUUGGUCUGAGUGCACACCAAGUUGUGGAAUAGGUAAUCGACAUCGUAUUGUACUUUGCAAGAACAGUGAUUACACCGUGACAUAUCCAGCUUCCCACUGCCCUGCGGAAUCCAAACCUCCCACCCGCAUACGAUGUACUUCACAGCGAUGUCCACUCCCUCGCUGGGUAGCGGGAGAAUGGAGCCCGUGUUCUGUGCAGUGUGGCCUGGGUCAGCAGAUGCGAGUGGUUCAGUGUUUAACAUACAUUGGUCAGCCAUCUAUGGAAUGUCCAGAAUCUCUUAGGCCUGCAGCCAUGCAGCAGUGUGAGAGCAGAUGUGAAGCUCUUCCCACUGAGAAUCCAGAAGAAUGCAGGGAUGUGAAUAAAGUGGCUUACUGCCCACUGGUGCUAAAAUUUAAAUUCUGCAGUCGGCCCUACUUCAGACAGAUGUGUUGUAAAACUUGCCAAGGACAUUGACCUUCAAGAACAGCUUCAACUGAGCAAAAUAUUUGAACGGAGUCGGACUGCAAUGUGGACCAAAUGUUGAUACGUUGUAUUCAUUAAAAAUGGAGAUAGGAGAAGAAAAGAUGUUAACAAGCUAAUAACAUGAACCAACAAGCUCCACUCGUAACAUGGCAAGUCUGACCUACAACAGUCAUCUCAUCGGUAUGUCAUAAAACAAUCAGCAGUGACCAUGAUUUAUAUACGUUGCUGAAUUCAUGGACUCCAUCAUUUGAGUCAACCUUAAACAUCAAAUAUUGGCUGCAGACAGCACCACAGUACAUUAUUAAUGCUCAAAACUACAAGCAAUGCUAUUGACCAGUUCUUUUUUGAAUUUGUAGGGUUUUUUUUAACAGUUCCAUCAUCUUGAACAAGAGCCAAUUCCCCAGUAUUAUGGAUGACAGCAUAGCUAUAUUAUGAAAGUGCUGUUUAGCUGUUAACUUGUUCACAGAGAGAAUAUUUAACAAAUUUUGUAACAGUGUAUUAAUAAUGGAUUUUGUGAAGGGUAUAAAUGAUCUCCAUUCUUAAUCCAUAGAUGUGCUAUGUGCUGCAAGGAUUUGCCAAAAAAAGCUACAGCAUUAUAACCCCCCAGUGAGCCUUGGGUGCUGUCCAUUUGCUUUCUGUACUUUUGAUGUUUUCUCGUAUCUCCACCAGUGAAUUAAGCUGACUUUUCAAUACUGGACUGUUUAAUCUAGACAGUGGUUAUUUUUAUUCUGGGUUGCACUGCUGAAACAGUCAUAAAUAAAACAUUUAAUAUA